AUGGGAAAGAGACGAAACGCCUCAAAAAAAUCUUCCGUUGCCGCUCAAGGUAGCGCCGCCAGCAGCAUGAACAAUGGUGGUGGCCGGAGCAAUAACAACAUGUUCUCAGCGUUUGAUUUUUGUAAUGAUGAAGAGUUACAGGUUGAGGCCCAUGCCCGCGAAGCCGUUGCCAAAUUCGGAAUUCAAAGCCCUAGCAAAAAAUCCGUACGCCGCCGUAAAUCCAUUGACAAAUACGAUUUCCUUAUGUGCUUUACACAAGGAAUCCAAAGUAAACAAAAACAUCUUGUGAAUGAUGAUGAGUUGGGGGUUGCUGCUACUGAUGGUGAAAUAUCACUUGGUUCUUCAAACCAUGAACCGCGAACUCUUUCUCCUCUAGAGUGCCAAAGCCCAGUAAGUACUUCUGGGGUAAAAUCCUGCCCAAGAAGAAGGAGGAAAUCAGGACGGCAUUCAGCUAGCAAGAAGCAUGAGGCAGUGGUGGUUGUUGCUCCCUAUUAUGUUAAACUUGAGAAAAAAUAUCAUAGAAGAUGUGUCUUUACGUUUUCACAGAGAUGCAUCAGAUUGGAGGGUUUGCCAUUUUGUGAUAGAAAGGGGACUCGUUGUGUUGAAUGGCCAACCUCUGAUAUUUUAAAUAUUGAGCAUCAGCAUUAUGAUAAAGGUGAAGUCAUCAACUUACAGAUGAGGUACAAGGAUGCAAAUGGUGAUGAAACUAGUCAUUUGCAGCUGGAGUUUGUCGUUCUCGAUGAUCCUCAGUGGCCUGAGAAACAAGAAGAAAUAAAAUCAUUGGAUUUGAACUAUGACGUUUCCUGGAAAACAAGUGUAACGUUGAGGCCCAUGCCCGCGAAGCCGUUGCCAAAUUCGGAAUUCAAAGCCCUAGCAAAAAAUCCGUACGCCGCCGUAAAUCCAUUGACAAAUACGAUUUCCUUAUGUGCUGAGGCAGUGGUGGUUGUUGCUCCCUAUUAUGUUAAACUUGAGAAAAAAUAUCAUAGAAGAUGUGUCUUUACGUUUUCACAGAGAUGCAUCAGAUUGGAGGGUUUGCCAUUUUGUGAUAGAAAGGGGACUCGUUGUGUUGAAUGGCCAACCUCUGAUAUUUUAAAUAUUGAGCAUCAGCAUUAUGAUAAAGGUGAAGUCAUCAACUUACAGAUGAGGUACAAGGAUGCAAAUGGUGAUGAAACUAGUCAUUUGCAGCUGGAGUUUGUCGUUCUCGAUGAUCCUCAGUGGCCUGAGAAACAAGAAGAAAUAAAAUCAUUGGAUUUGAACUAUGACGUUUCCUGGAAAACAAGUGUAACUGAAUGUUGUAUUGAAGAGUCUUUCGAAGAAGUUGUGUACCCAGAUGGGGAUCGUGAUGCAGUCAUCAUAAGUAGAAGGGACAUUGAGCUAUUAAAGCCUCGGACUUUCAUCAAUGACACCAUCAUUGACUUCUAUUUUAGAUAUCUUCAAACUAAAAUCAAGGCGGAUGAGCACAGGUUCCACUUCUUCAACACAUUUUUCUUUCAGAAGCUUGUUGCUGGAGGCCGUGGAGGAAGAAAUGCCUUUCUAAGUGUUCAUAAAUGGACAAGAAAUGUGAACCUAUUUGAAAAAGAUUAUAUAUUUAUACCUAUAAACUUCAGCCUGCAUUGGAGUUUGAUUAUUAUCUGCCAUCUUGGGGAAGCAGCUCAUUUGAAAAGAAAAAAUAUGGAUCAGGCAUCUAAAGUCCCGCGCAUUCUACACAUGGACUCAAUCAGAGGAAGCCACGGAGGGUUAGAAAAAUUGAUUAAAAGUUACUUGUCAGAAGAAUGGAAAGAGCGAGAGAAUAAAUGGCAAGAAGAAAUUGCAGUGAAUUUUAGGCAGUUGGACUUUGUUUCACUUAAGCUACCACAGCAGGAUAACUUGUGCGAUUGUGGCCUUUUCUUGCUUCACUAUGCAGAACUUUUCCUGGAGCUGGUUUCAAACGGCUGCACAACUGAAUAUAUUGACUUUCUUGAUGAGGAUUGGUUCCUUCCUGCUGAGGUUUCUCUGAAAAAGCGUGAUCAUAUUAGGAAACUGAUCCAUAAACUAAUUCAAGAUAAGGCACAGAAGGAUGCAGCUUCUAGUAAUAAUAAAUAUCUCGGUAGGGGUGUGAGAGAGAGCAGUGCAAGAUCUGUACUUACAAAUGGUGGGGAAGACUUAUGUUGUGGUACAAAUUUGAACUUGGAAGAUGACUUGGAUACUCCGGGGCAGCAGUGUUUUGCACCCAUGUUGAAGCAAACAGGAAAGUCAUCUCUCAAAGAAUGUCAUCAACCUCGUAAGCAGCGGGUUCCAAUAAACCAAUUCAAUAACUCGAGUUUACCUUUGGAGGAGGCACUCACAGAGCAAACAACCGUUCCACAAAGAGACAUAGGAAGUAGUUAUGAAACGGAUGAGAUGAAGCCUCUACAUUGUCAGCUCAAUCAGUCCCUAUGUGAAGUUAGUUCCAAUGAGAAGUCUUGGACAAAGAGCAAGGAUCUUGCAGCUUGUGUGGUCAAGGAUUCCGAGGAUGAGACCUCUUGGAUGACGAGCAAGAAUCUUGCAGCUUGUGUGGUCAAGGAUUCCAAGGAAGAGACGUCUUGCACGAUGAGCAAGGAUCUUGCAGAUUGUGUGGUCGAGGAUUCCGAGGAUGAAGUGGAGGUGGUAAGCAUCCGAACAAGGAGACAGUUAAUGCGAAACUGUAAAGCAAGUACUUGUGUUUUUUGAAGGGGGAUUGUAAAUAUGUAGAGGGCAUGCAUUUAACAUAGUUGUAUAAUGAGUAAGUUCGAUUUUGAACGAAGUGAUCAUUUCUAUCUUGACUCUCUUUCAU